AUGAUUUUGCCCAAGGAAACACAAGGCACUCUUAAGGGGAAGGAAAGAUUGCAGCAGCUCGGAGACACGGAAACUGGCACAUCUAGAACCACCACACUAUCCACUGGUUUCUCCUCUCUGGCCAGGGGAGGAACGGAAAGAGGAGCACGGCUUAGUCCCCUUGACCCGCUUCAGGCCUGGGGUAGGGACGGCCCUUGUGUCCCUCUAGCCGGCAGAGUCAGAUGGCAGCGGCUGUGCGGGGAGACCCGAGUCAGGUACGUGCAGAACCAACGUGCAGAAAGGCGUCCCCUUCUGCUGGAGGCCCGAGGAGUGGUCCCUGUCUACUGGAGACUCAGUUUGAAAAACUCAACCGACAGUGAGUGUGGCAUGACCAGGAGGUACAGGAAGACAGAGUACAGGAAAAGUGAUCGGAAGAGAGACAUGGAGAAUCUGGGGGAAGGGUUGGAGAGCCAUCUGUUCCAUGAGGGUGAUAACAUGGAAAUGAGAAGCAUUGGGAACGGGAACUCAGAUUGCUGCCGGUUCACGCACAAAGAGAACAAGAGAGGCAGGGAAAAUCCAGCAUGCCAAGAGGGUGCAGUUAAUGAGGGAGCAGUUAAGGGUAUCCCCCAGGUCGUCCGUGACAUCAGCAAGAAGCAGAGCAAACAGUGGUCGAAUGCAAACAGGUUCAAAUUACAUCAGAGAGGUCAUACUGGAGAGAAACCCUACAGAUGUGAGGAAUGUGGAAAGUCCUUUGGUCAAAAGUCAACACUUAGAACACAUCAGGAAAUACAUACUGGAGAGAAACCCUACAAAUGUGAAGAAUGUUUCAAGUGCUUUAGUCAAAUGUCAAAUCUCAGAGUACAUAAGCGAAUCCAUAUGGGAGAGAAACUCUACAGAUGUGAAGAAUGUGGCAAGUCCUUUAGACACAUGUCAGGUUUUAGAGCACAUCAGCAAAUACAUACAGGGGAGAAACCCUAUAGAUGUGAAGAGUGUGGCAAGUCCUUUAGUCAAAUGUCACCUCAGAGAGUAGUACAUCAGUGAAUACACACUGGAGAGAGACCCUACAAAUGUGAAGAAUGUGGCAAGUACUUUAGUGAAACGUCAAUUCUUAGAGCACAUUAUCAAAUACAUACUGGCGAGAAACCCUACAGAUGUGAAGAAUGUGUCAAGUGCUUUAGUCAAAUGUCAAAUCUUAGACCACAUCAGCAAAUACAUACUGGAGAGAAACCUUACAAAUGUGAAGAAUAUGACAAGUCCUUUAGUGAAAUGUCAAAUCUUAGAAAACAUCAAGUGCAUCAGCGAAUACACACUGAAGAGAAACCCUACAAAUGUGAAGAAUGUGGCAAGUCAUUUAGUCAAAUGUCAAGUCCUAGAGCACUUCAGUGAGUACAUACUGGAGAGAAACCAUACAAAUGUGAAAAAUGUGUCAAGGCCUUUAAUAAAAUGUCACAUCUGAGAGUACCUCAGCAAAUUCAUACUGGAGAGAAAGCCUACAGAUGUGAAUAAUGUGGCAAGCCCUUUAUUCAAAUGUCAAGUCUUAGAGUACACCAGCAACUACAUACAGGAGAGAAACCCUACAGAUGUGAAGACAGUGGCAAGCUCUUUAGUCAAAUAUCAAGUCUUAGAGCUCAUCAGUGA